UUUUCAUCAGCCACAUCAAUUUGAUAUCCACCACAUAAAUCAAACAAUUAAACAGAAUCGAUAAGCCUUUCUUCCUCUACUCAAUUCUCUCUUCGACACCCCAAAUGUCAAGAACUAUGACCCCUCUCAAGCUCUAUAAAAACUACUGUCAAUCACCAUUUCUUCCCACUCCAAAGCUUCAGAAAUUAACAAAAUCCCAAACAAAAUUUUGCGUAAGCAAAGAUCAUUACAGGAAAAAAAUUAUAGUGAGAGGAAGUGUAGGGGAAGGAGAAGGAGAAGGAGAUAAGAAGAAAGAAAAGCAAACUUUCUUGACUCUAGAAGAAGCUGGCUUAGUAGAAAUAUCUGGUCUAAGUACUCAUGAGAGAUUUUUAUGCCGUUUAACGAUAUCAUCUCUGAAUUUGCUAAGAGUGAUAUCGGAGCAAGAAGGAUGUUCAAUUGAGGAGCUGAACGCUGGGAGAGUAUGUGACUGGUUCGUGAAGGAUAAGCUGAAACGGGAACAGAAUAUAGAUUCUGCAGUGCUGCAAUGGGAUGACUCUGAGUUCCAGUUUUAAACUUCAUUUCUCCAACGUUAGAAAGAUGGAUUGACAGACUUCAUCAUCUAAUUGUAUGAGCAAUUUUUAGCAAAUUUUAUUUCUCUUCUUCGUGUUUAUCUUGUUAAAUUUCCAUUAGAGACUUAAAAAUGGUAGUAAAAUAAGACAAAAAAUUAGUGGUCAA